AACGAAUAAUAUAUACUCAAACUGAAAAAAAUCUAAGGCCCAUAUUAUUCAUCUGUAUUAUUCACGUACGAUCAAAUUUAAAUCUCAUUAUGAAUCAGAUGAGAAUGACAUAAAAAAUUUAGAAUGAACGACAUGAGAUUCGAGCGAGAAUAUGAAGUUAUAUUUCUUUUCGGUUUUUCGAACAAGAUAAAUAAUAAUUUAUCUCGCAAAAAUCAUUCGAUGUCGCGCAAACGUCGCGAUCCACUCGAUUUUAAAUUGACGAAAAGAACGGGACAAGAUCGAUCACGUGUCCGGUCAUGUGGUCGAGUAAGGUUAGCAUAGUUUCCCGCGUUUUUCUCACCUGUUGCGUUCGACGUACGCGUGCCGCGUGCCAUAGUUUCGAGUUUCUCGAAGAAACGCGAAAUACAAUGACAGUUUGAUGCGUUUUGUGACGUGUUUUGUGUCAGUGUUUCAAGUAAAUAUAUAUUUCGUUGUUCUAAAUGCGAGGUGUUUUCUUUAUGUGCUCGUACUUUAUCCCAUGUGUGACAUAACCUAGAAUUGGAUGUAAAAUAACACCGUCGCCGGCACUGGACAGUUCACGAGGUCUCAAAUUGCUCAAAUAUGGCAAAUAUGACAGAUUAUCUUUCGGCUGAACUCACUGCUACUUGCGCUGCGAUUGGGUACUUUGAUGGAACUGACUAUCAUUUAGAUAAAAAUUGUUUAGAUGUCAUAAAAGAUCUUAUCAGAUAUCUUAAAAGAGAUGAUGAUACACAUACUAUAAGACGCUUUCUUGGGCAAACAGGAUUACUUAAAACAGAUCUUGUAAAGAUUCUUAUACAUCAUGUUAAGAAUACUGAACUUUGGGAUGUUUUGUUGCGAUUACUUAUUAAUUUGACAAGCUCCGCGUUUGUAAUUUACGAUGAACGGAUACCAACUGACAAAAUAACAUAUAGUUUUUAUCAACAACUUGUUGUGUAUUUACAAGACUAUAAGGCAGCGUUAACUGAUGAAAAUGUUUGGUUAGCGAUAGCUGGUCGUUUGGGAAAUUUACUUAAUGUUGAUAGUACGGAAAGAGGAGAAGAAGAUGAGUUAACGAUUGAAAGAAUUCUUGUUUUUAUUAGAAAUGUACUGCAAGUGCCACCUAAUGACAAUGAUAAAAGAACUGAUAACGAUGCUACUAUUCAUGAUGAGAUAUUAUUUGCAUUACAUGCAUCAGGCAUAGUAGAUAUUCUAUUGUUUAUUGUCAGUAACAAACAGGAACAACAAUAUCAUAUACAAAUCUUAGAGAUUAUAUCUUUAAUGUUACGUGAGCAAAAUGCGAGUUUGUUAGCGGCAUCUGGCUUGCAACGUAGUACUGCUGAAAGAGAAAAUGACGAAGCUAAACUCGUAGAGUUGCGACAAAAAGAGCUACGCGAAAAGAGGGAUAAAGUAAGAAAAUACGCUGGAUCUAGACAUUCACGAUUCGGCGGCACUUACGUUGUACAAAAUAUGAAAGCUACUGGAGAAAAUCAAAUGAUAUGUCACGAACCAUAUAAAAAAAUCGAAGCUUUAGAAUUCGGUUACAACAAGAAUAGAGUAAAACGACGCAAAGACAAACUGGGCCUGCGAGAUGUCAAGGAAGAACGCACAUCUGCGCUCAGCGUGCGACUCUUUUUAAAAGAGUUCUGCGUAGAGUUUUUAAGCGCGGCUUACAAUCCUGUAAUGAGAUUCGCUAGAUCAUGUAUCAUGAACGACACUCACAGUCAAGCGCUAGAAACAGCCGUCUAUCUUUGGGUCCUACGUUUCUUCAUGGAGUUCAAUCGACAUUACAAGUUUCAAGUAAAAUAUGUGAGCGAAACUAUAUCCACAGAAGUAUUUUAUUUAGUGCAAAGACAAAUGGAACAAUAUUAUGAAAUGAUAAUAACCGAUAAAAAAAGGAUACCGCUUUGGUCUCGUAGAUUACAUUUGGCAUUGAAAGCAUAUCAGGAGCUUCUUAACACUCUUAUGGCAAUGGAUAAGAGUAAAGAUGAUGGUGUUAGGGAAUCCUGCAAGAUAAUUAAAAGCAAUAUCUUUUACGUCCCGGAAUAUCGGGAAACGAUAUUCUCUCAGCUUUUGUGCUUCGACGAGGUUAAAAUGUCACGGCAGUACUUAAGAGAUCUUAUAACGACUGCUCACAUAUUUUUAAAAAUGCUGGAACAUUUCUGUCAGAAAGGCCAACGACAUCUCAUAGUUUGUAAAAUAAAGCCAAAGAGAAGAAAGGCUAAGAAAGGAAAAAAAUCUACCAAGGAAAAUGUAACUACGGCUCCUACCUUGGAAGAACGUUGGGACAUUAUUGGUCCUGAAUUAUCUGCUGUUAUGCGCGAUGCCGUUAUACCUGUAGUGAUGCCAUUUGGUGCAACCUUAGAUACACCUAUCGACGAUCAAAAAGCGGACGCCAUGAAGAGAAUCCAGAAAUUAAUGCGACAGAGAAACUUGGAACAGGCACUCGGCCUCCUACGUGCAGCAAGAGAAAUCUGGCCCGAAAAUGACUGCUUCGGAAAAGCGGACAUGCUUCCCGAGGAAGAAUUUCUAGCCCUUCGCGAAAUCUUCUUUGCGGAUCUGGGCGUGGUGGAAGAUCAGGCUCACGGAACGAUAAACACGGAUGAUGCUGAAAAUCCUGUAAACCACGAAAGAAACGAAGAGGAAGAAGAAGAGGAUGAAAAUGAAGAAGAAGAAGAGGAAGAAAGUAGAUUCCAGGAAACCGAUUUUAAAUUAGACGAGUUUCUUAAAAGGUUUGCUAAUGUGAAGAUUGUCAAGGCUUUAGCACUACUACUGCAACAAUUUGAGACCAAUACAGUCGAAACAAAUCACUACAUAAUAAAAAUGUUACAUCGGAUUGCUUGGGAUUGUAAAAUGCCUGGUAUGAUAUUCCAAGCGUCCAUAUUUCGGAUUUUUCAACGAAUUCUCGACUCAAAAGAUCCUACACAUAAGGAGCUCCAAAAGUUCGCGGUCUUCAUAAUCCGCCGUUUCAUCGAAGUCGCUCAGAAAAACCGGAAGUCGUACAUGGAGCUGCUCUUCUGGAAGACCACCCGCGACGCGACAGAAAUCGUGGAUGGCUACAACGCGGAAACGACUAACAAGAAAGUUUCACGAGCGACCUGGACGGAGGCGGAGGAGGAUGAGCUGCGCACCCUCUUCAUGGAGCAUCAGACUAACAAAUAUCCUCAAGAUUUAAUUGACUGGCUAUUGGAGCAUAUCAUCAACGAAAAUAGAACGCGACGUACCAUCAUCAAGAAACUCAAAGAGAUGUGUUUGAUUGUCAAUUCUAAGGCUGUGCGAGCUGAGGUACAAAAGAGAUUACCCAAGGAGUGGUCCGAAGAAGAAAUCUCCCAGCUUACAGAACUUUGGACACAGCUCAAAGAUGAUGAUGAUCCCGUGGAUUUGAUUUUCACCGGUCUUAGAAUAAAGCGGCCGAAGCCGAAGAUCAAGGAGAAGCUUCUGGAAUUAGGAUUGGCGCGGGAUCGCAAGGAGCUGCGCAAAAAGCGGGCCAGAAAAAGCAACCAGGGUAAAUCGUCGUGGGAAACGCAAGCUGCCAGUAAUUCUGACGGGAACGAAAGUUCAGCCACCGACGACGAGGACGACGAAGAAACUCGAAAAUCCUCGAAGCGCGGCGGCGGCGGCGGCGCGCCUCGGCGGAGCGAGGCGCCGACGAAAAAGAAACAACGAAACAGACGAAAGCUACCGACGACGAUCGUUUACACGGAUGCACAAUUAUUCGGUCUCGUGAAGGACGUCAUCGACAGGGAUAUGAGAGAAGCGUUGGAAUGGAUCAAGGAAUCCCUGCAAGAUGUUCUGGAUGAUCGUGACGAGGAGAGCUCCGAGGGCAUACCCUUGGUGCCGUUGACAGAUUACUCGUCAGCCGCGAUGGAUUCACCGAGUUUUCAAAAGCUGCUUCGCGCCCUGGGAUUUGUGCCACCAGCUGAUGCCCAAGAAUCUUAUUGGCGUAUCCCGGCGAAUAUGCUUACAAUCACGAUACAAAAACGCUACAAACUCAUCGAAGAUGCUUUAGCCGGCAAAUUCGUCGUCGCGGAAACGCAACUAGAACCAUCUAAUUCUGAUUCUGAUACUGAUGAAAAAGCAAACGACAGCGAAGACGACGUCGACGUAUUCGAGAAUGUUAAAAAAUUCUUCGCGCCGAAAGAGUCAUUUUUGGAAUCGGAACCAUCAACUUCCAAACAAUUACGUACUAAUAUUCAGUCACCACAGAAAUCCAAAACGUUAUUGUUAUCAGAUGAAGAAAGCGAUGAAGCAGAAGUUGUAGAAAAAAAUGAUGAAACGAAAGUCACAGAAAAAACGAAUAAGGAAAACGUAGGCCAAGCGAGAAACCGAGUAAGAAUGCUCGACGAUUCCUCCGAAUCGGAAAUGGAUAUUGAAAACGAUAUUGAUAAAAAUGAUGACACAAAGAGAAAUAGAUCCGACUCAUUAUCCGAUACAGAUAAACCCUCCUCUAAAAAACGUCGGCUACUAGAUAGCGACGAAGAGGUAGAGCCACUAAGGACUGAUACCGAAGCAAAUGGUAGUCGUGUAAUAAUUAGCGACGAUGAAGAAUCAUUACACAACGAGCGGUCUAAGCGGCCUACGUCUCACGUAAUAAUCAGCGAUGAGGAAGAUUAAGAGAAACGCGGUUACAUAUUCUUUAUUUCAAAUAUUCUUAAGCAUUCGUAAUGUUAUAAUCAAUCAUAAUAUAUUUUUGUUUUGUACUGAAACGUAUUUUUCUGAAACUGAUAACUAAAAAGAAGUCAAAUUAAAAUAUAUUUUAUCGAUUAUUCUUCUGUAA